UUAUGGUGCCAGAGUUUCUCUCCCCACAAGUCUCCUUCAUAUUUUGUCUAUCUAGCAACUGACUUUAGAAGUUGAAAGGAGACGCAGAGUUGCUCCUUCUCCCAGUAAACAGAAAAGCUGUCAUGGCUCCCGAGAAGUCCUCUCAGCAGCCAGACAUGGAGACAAAAUUGAAGCCAGAGCCGAAACAGAAUCAAGAACCGGAGGCAGGAGACGAUCUUGAUCCAGAAAAAUCAAUCAAAAAGAUCCGUAGCAUAGUGGAAGCUUUGCAUACAAUGUUUCCACCACAGCCCGUGCAAGUGAAACUAAGGCUGUCUAGGAGCAUCCCUCCUACGAGUACCCUUCCUCCAAGGUCCAACGUGACUCUGGCCACAGCAACAAGUGCCCAGGUUGAAACUUCUUUGAAACAUGACGAGUCCGAGAAUUCUAUUCAUAAGCUAAAACGUAACCUCCGUCUGCUGGAGGAGGAUGUGGCUAAGCUAAGAGUGCUUAACGAAGUGGUAGGAGAAGAGGUGAGCAGACACAUCGUUCCACUUGACAAACUACUUCAAAAAGUGGAAAAGGGAACCACCAAAACUCAGUUGACCAAAGGUAUGAAGAAAGAUUUGGAGGAUGUCAACAAGAAGAUCUUUAACUUGAUGUGUCAGGUACCUUUGCUUCCCAACAAACGCAAAAAGCCAGGAGGGUUAGAUUCUGAGGAUGGUGAAGUGGAGAAUAACGGCAAAGGUAUCGAAUGCUUGCCAGGCAUCCAUGUUAAUGAUGAAGAUCUUAAAAGACUCGCGGUUUUCAGAAAAGUUAAGGAGAAGUUCAUAGAGCUUACUACUGAACGCAAGAUCUGCCUGCUGAGCUUUGCUGUGUUCCCGGAGAAUCAAGAAGUGAAUAGAACAAUGCUCAUGUAUUGGUGGAUUGGAGAAGGGAUUCUCCCUGAUGGAAUCAAACCCGAAGAUGCUGUGAAAGGCAUUCUCAAGGAGUUUAUGGAGAAAAAGUUGAUUGAGCCUGUCGAAAACAAACGCAAAGUGGAGCCAAACUGCUACAAGAUGACACCCUUUGUGCAUUCCUCAGUGGUUCUUAUCUCAGAGGAGAUAGGACUCUUUAGUAUGUAUCAGAAAGGGAAGACGCCAAGGAUGAAACACUCAGACUUGAAAAAAGUUUGCCUUGUGGAAGAAUCAUCAAGCCAGCCAGAAGCAAAAGCUAAGAAAAUGCCAGCAGGGGACAUUGAGACAGUGUUCAAUGUUUCUGAGAGGUUUCCUGAUUUUGCAUUCAAGUGGUUCUCUGAGGACCAAUCAUCAGGGAAGAAGAAGUUUAGCCCUCUAUCAAAAACUGCAUACAAGAUGCUAAAGGUGUUUUAUCUAGGCAGAUGGGAGAGAACUGCGAACCGACACAUCGAGGUAGAGAACCCUGAGCUUAUGAAGUACUUGAAGCACAUGACCAAACUCAAGCUUCUGAGCUUUCAAGGGAUCUCAAGAAUUGAAAGACUUGAUGAUGCUGUCUGUAAGCUUCGGGAGCUCAUUAUCUUGGACCUCAGAGCUUGCUACAAUCUGGAGAAGCUUCCAGACAAGAUAGAUUCGCUCAAGGCACUGACCUACUUAGACAUCACAGAUUGCUACAUGUUAGACCGCAUGCCCAAGAGGCUUUCAUGGCUGGAUAACUUGGAGGUUCUCAAAGGCUUUGUGGUUAGUGAUGCUACUGAUGUGGAGACGUUCUGUCUGCUGGAUGAGCUGAAGCACUUGAAGAAGCUGAGAAAGCUAAGCAUUACUAUAAACAAAGGUGGCGACUUCACGGUUUUUCAACUGUUUGUGGACAUUCAGGACUUCUCCAACCUGGAAAAGCUGAAAGUGGCCUGGGGAGGUAUUAAUGAACACAACAAAGACAAACCAACUGCUGGACCAGUAAAAAAAUUCUUCAGAACGGUGACACUCCUUGGUAAUAGCCCAGUCACAGAACCAGAGCUUCACAAGGUUCCAAAGAAAGAUCCAGUUCCAAGCCACCUUCCCAAGAAGUUGGUGAAACUGGACCUGCAGUGUUUCCCUGAAGCAGAACUUCCAUCAUUGCUUGAGCCUGGUAAACUACGUACAUUGGAAAAACUAUACAUCAAAGGAGGAACCAAGCUUACUGGCUUUGGGAAGUCAGUGCCUGAGAAGCCAACAGAGUGCAGUGUCAAGGUUUUGCGUCUGAAGUUCCUUCCCAGGCUAAAAGUGGAGUGGAGGGAGCUGAGGGAACUAUACUUUCCAAAACUGGAGUUCUUGGAUAAGUAUCAGAGCCCUCAAGUUAGUUUCUGCCCCUGUGAUGGUAUCGGAAUCUGGCGCGGCAAGUCUAACCAACUCUGAGCUGAGAGUUGCUCAGUUUUUCACAUGUGUUGUCUAUCCAUUCUGUUUCUGUUGUUGUAUGUUUGUUUCCUCAUUUUCCAUUGAUGUCUUCCUUGUUUGCUUUCAUGUGUUGUUGUUUGUUACCAGUUGAAUAAAGGAGGUUGCAUUGUUUGUUUUG